CUCCCCAUUCUCCCACACUCACUCACACUCCAAAUAUACAUACAUACAUAUAUAUGAAGAUAAUGGUUUCCCAAUCGCUGCCAAUUGUCUCGAAAUGCAGAGUUUCCCCCUCCCAAAAAUCCACCCUAACGGAGCUCAAGCUCUCCGUCUCCGACCUCCCCAUGCUCUCCUGCCACUAUAUCCAGAAAGGCGGCUUGUUCGCCAAGCCUCCAUUCCCCAUCUCCGACCUCCUCUCUCUCCUCAAACGCAGCCUCUCGCACUCGCUCACCCACUUCCCGCCCCUCGCCGGCCGCCUCACCACCGACGCGGCCGGCUACGUCUAUAUACACUGCAACGAUGAAGGAGUCGACUUUAUCCACGCUAACGCCUCCCACAUCCACGUCAUCGAUCUGCUGGGGUCCGCUGACGGCGACGUGCCCGAGGCCGUUAAGAGCUGCUUCGCCUUCGACCACGCCGUCAGUCACACCGGCCAUUUCCGCCCGCUCCUCGCCGUCCAGGUCACGGAGCUCGCCGACGGCGUAUUCAUCGCCUGCUCCUUCAACCACGCCGUCGCCGACGGCACUUCCUUCUGGAAUUUCUUCAACACCUUCGCCGAGCUCAGCAGAUCGGGGGUGAAGAGGAUAUCGCGAUCGCCGGAUUUCAGCCGCGAUUCGGUUCUGAUCUCCUCGGCGGUGCUCAGGCUCCCCGAGGGCGGCCCCAAGGUUACCUUCUCCGGCGACGCUCCGAUCAGGGAGAGGAUCUUCCGAUUCAGCAGAGAAUCGAUUCUCAAGCUCAAAGCCAGAGUCAAUAACGGCAAUAUGAUGAUAACUAACGGCGCCGUUAACGUCGCGGAGCUGAUGGGAAAGCACGCCAACGACACGCUCAUGUGCAAGCAGAAGCCGAUCACGCCGUUGAGCUGGCUGAGAAACGCCGUUACGGGGAACCACACAAAUCCAACGGCCGCGGCGGCGAAGGCGGAGAUCUCGUCGUUCCAGUCGCUGAGCGCGCUGCUGUGGCGCGGGAUCACGCGCUCGCGGAGGCUGCCGGCAGGCGAAACGACGACGUUCCGGAUGGCGGUGAACUGCCGGCACCGGCUGGAGCCGGAGCUGGAGCCGCUGUACUUCGGGAACGCGAUCCAGAGCGUUCCGACGUCGGCAUUGGCGGGGGACGUGGUGGCGGGGGAGAAUCUACGGUGGUGCGCGGAGCAGCUGAACCGAACCGUGGCGGCGCACGGGGACGCGGCGGCGCGGAAGUACGUGGAGGAUUGGGAGCGGGAGCCGCGGUGCUUCCCGCUGGGAAACCCCGGCGGCACGAUGGUGAUGAUGGGGAGCUCGCCGAGGUUUCCGAUGUACGACAACGAUUUCGGGUGGGGGCGGCCCGUGGCGGUGCGGAGCGGCCGGAAUAAUAAGUUCGACGGCAAGAUAUCGGCGUUUCCGGGUCGGGAAGGGGGCGGGUCGGUUGAUCUGGAGGUGAUUUUGGCGCCAGAGACAAUGGCGGGUCUGGAGUCCGACCCGGAGUUCAUGCAAUAUGUAACUGUUUAUUAAAUAAAUAGUAGUCGGAGCUUAAUUAGUGUGUUGUAUUAUAUUUUCUCUUUUUUUCGAAUUUUAGAUUAAGAAGGUGACGAAGAUGUUGAAGAAGACUGGAAGUGAUGUGUAGAAAUUUAGAAUGGUUUCGUAGAUUGAGAUUAAAUAAAGAAACAUCUAUUAUCUA